CUUCGUCACCGUAGUGCAUUAGUAUAACCUGUUCGCAAUUUGGUUCUCAACUGGGUCUUUGAAUGGCAAUGCAAACAGAAACUCCUCAGAGUCCUCCCAGUCCCCAAAUGGUUGGAAAUGCUUUUGUCGAGCAGUACUACCAUAUUCUUCACCACUCCCCAGAGUUGGUUCACAGAUUUUAUCAAGAAUCAAGUGUGUUAAGCCGGCCCGAUCCAAAUGGUGUAAUGACGUCGGUGACAACCAUGAAAAAUAUCGACGAUAAGAUCUGUUCCUUGGAUUACAAGAACUACAAGGCAGAAAUAAUGAAUGCGGAUGCUCAGGAUUCUUACAAGGAUGGAGUGAUUGUUUUGGUAACUGGAUGCUUAACUGGGAAGGAUAACCUGAGAAGAAAAUUCGCACAAACCUUUUUCCUUGCUCCACAAGACAAAGGGUACUUUGUCUUGAAUGAUGUUUUUAGGUAUGUCGAGGAAAGUGAACCUUUGGAAAUCAACGCAGAGACCACUAAUGGAAUUGAUGAUACCCCAUCAGCAUCCCUGACCCCAGUUCCAGAGCCCGCCCGUGUGCUCGAUCCUCCAAUGCUGGACCAGGCAACUUUGCAUGUAGAGGUUCUGAAUGUUGAGGAAAAUGCCCACGACCCAUUGGACAAUGAGAGACAUUUAGCUAAUGAAAGGGAAGUGGUGGUCGAUCCUGAACUUCAUAUGGCUUUGGAUCACAUUUCUGCACUUACAGAAUCAGCGGCUUCUACUGCCCAAGAGGAUUCUCCAAAGAAGUCAUAUGCAUCCAUUGUAAGUUCACAAACCAAGAAAAGGGUUUCAGGGCCUACUAAAGUUUACAUACCCUCUAACAACACAAGGGUGGAUCCUUCAAAGAUGGAAAAACAGCCAGUUAGUUUGGCUGCACAAACUCCGGCACCUGAAGCAUCAGCCUCUAGUGCCCCUAGCAGCGUCAAUGCCCAUGAGAGUUGGAGUGCUCAGGAUGAAGCUGAGGGACACUUCAUUUUUAUCCGGAAUUUGCCUCUAAAUGUGAUGGUUACUCAACUCGAGGUGGAGUUCAAGAAAUUUGGACCUAUUAAGCAAGGAGGUGUACAAGUCAGAAGUAACAAGCAACAGGGAUUCUGUUUUGGGUUCGUGGAGUUUCACUAUUUGAGCUCCGUGCACAAGGCAAUUCAGGCGUCACCGAUUACUAUUGGGGGUCGUCAAGCUGAAGUUGAGAUAAAGAGGACUACAACUCGAGUUGACAGUGUGAGGGGUCGUUUUCUUCCUGGACGGGGAGGGUUUCGAAAUGACAGCUUCAGGGACCGUGGAAACUUUGCUGGUGGUCGUGGCUACAUCAGAAAUGACUUUGGAAGCCGUGGUAACUUCUCAGGGCGAGGUAGGGGCCCAGGUGGGCGCAGUGGAGAAGGCUAUCAGCAAGGAAGAGGGAGAGGUGGCCCUUGA